CGUUGGUGUUGGGGACAUUUAUCACCAUGGCUUCCUGUGCUUUGGCAAAACCUCAGAUGCGAGGUCUUCUGGCCAGGCGUCUGCGGUUUCAUAUCGUUGGAGCAUUCUUUGUCGCCGUGGGAGUUGCAUGUGCCUGUAAGUUUGGUGUGGCUGAACAAAGAAAGGAAGCAUAUGCAGAUUUCUACAGGAAUGAUGAUUCCAUGAAAGAUUUUGAGGAGAUGAGGAGAGCUGGUAUCUUCCAGAGUACAAAAUGAUUUCGGAAUAUAAAGAGUUUCUUUGCAUUGAAUUCCAUAGAAGUUUCAUCACUGACCUGUGUUCCUGAACUGUGAAUAUGUGGGUUAAGGAAUUGUUUCUCUCAAUAAAUAAAAAUUACUA